GUGGUGAUUUGCUGGAUCCGUUUAACUAAGUGUUCUCCACUUUCUCUCUGUCGUGUGCUUCUCUCUGUUUCUUAAUGGGCAGGGCAAACUGGUGCAGGGAAGACCUUCACGAUGGAAGGUAUCGUGCCAGAUGCCCCCACGUCGUUGCAGCCAUCUGAAGGUCAAGCGAACGGUGGUCAAGUCGCUCCUUUGUCUGAUACCAUUUGCAGCAAGGAUGGGAAGAGGGGAUUGAUCCCCCGUGUUCUUGACUACAUUUUUCAACGAAUGCAGGAGGAUCAGGCUGAGAGUCACAAGGAUGUGGAUUUCUCGAUCAAGUGCUCUUAUUUGCAGAUAUACAAUGAGCAAGUGUCCGACCUGUUGUACCCCGAAUCCAACAAUUUGAAUAUCCGUGAGGAUUCCAAGCGGGGAAUGUAUGUUGAGGGACUGCAGGAGGUUGUGGUGUCGAACGCCAGUGCAACUUAUGGGGUCUUCCGCCGGGGAUCGCAGAACCGUCACGUUGGAAUGACGGCAAUGAAUAUGGAGAGUAGUCGCUCUCACAGCGUGUUUACUGUUGUGGUCGAAUCACAGCGCCGCAACGAUGGUGGGGUGUUAAAUCGGAGGACAUCUCGGUUCUACUUGGUCGAUCUUGCUGGCUCGGAGCGGCAGAGGCAUAGUGAGGCUGUUGGAGCCCGGCUGAAAGAGGCGGGCAGUAUCAAUCGUUCGUUGUCUGCUCUCGGUAAUGUGAUUAAGGCUCUUGUAGAGAUUUCGGAAGGGAAGAUUCGACACGUGCCAUAUCGUGAUUCGAAGUUAACCUUUCUUCUCAAGGAUGCCCUUGGUGGGAACUCGAAGUGUUCCCUGGUUGCAAACAUAAGUCCUGCAGAGAAGAAUAUGGACGAGACGUUGUCAACGCUGAAGUUUGCCCAGAGGGCAAAGCUGAUGAGAAAUACGGCAAUAGUGAACGAGGACAUGUUUGGCAAUCCGGCUAUCAUGGGCGAGGAAAUUCGGCGUCUGCGUCUUGAGAUUGCUGCUCUCCGAGCGAACAUGGGGAACAUACCGAUUUCAUCAGCUCCAGCUGCAGAAGAGACAGAGUCAGUGAGAAUUGGCCGCUUGGAGCACAUCAUAUCUCAAUCGACCAAGAGGGCACUGGAAGUGGAGCGCAAGGCAGCAGAGAAAAUGGAGAGAAUAAGUCACCAGAUUGUCAACACACAGCAGCUCUGUGCAAGAUUAGAGAAUCAACUGCAGACCCAGAAGAUGAUUGUACGGCUCCGAGAGAACACUAUCAAACGCCUUGAGAAGCUUGUCAAUGGACGUGGGAUGACUCCUGGAAGUGAUGUGGCGGAGUUGAGGGAAGAAAUUGAGCUCCUGAAAGGAAUGGUUGAACGGCACCCUGAUGUUGUCCGCUUCAAAAUGGAAGUUGAUGCUCUGAAAAUGCAACUCGAGGAAAUGGAGCAGGACAGGAGGCAGGAAGGCAUGGAGAUGGAGCUGGAGCAGCUGGAUAACCUAAACAGGUCGAUGAGGAAUGAACUUCAGCAAGCAUUUGAUGAGAAGGGCGAGCUAGUCGAGGAGCUGCAGAGUACAAAAGCAGAAAGAGAUGCCGUGAAAGAGAAGCUGGCAGAGUGUGAGCAGAAGACUGCUUCACUCGAAGAGAAGCUGGUAAAGGCCGAGGCGGAAGCAUCGAAGUACCAGAGCGCAUACAAAAGCUCGCGCGACCGGUGUGAUGAGGUGAUGCGUGUGAUGUCUGUGAUGGAGUGCCAAGCAAGUGAAUUGCGAAUUCAGUUCACUAGCACACAAGCGAAGCUGGAGAAGAUGAGCACGGACCAUCAGAACCUUCAAAUGGCAGCCAAGGCACAGAGUUCGUUCCAGGAGGAGCUCAUGGAGAAGCUAACUGCAACUUCUGCUGCCGAGCAAGAGUUGAAAGUCAAACUGAAUGAGGUGUCAGGGAGUCUAAAUGCAGCGCUUGCUGUCAAUCAAAGGCUAGAGGAGCAGAUCAAGAAGCUGGAGGCAGAGAAGGUGUCUAUGGAAUCGGACCUUGAGCAGAUGUGCAUCACCUCGGAGCAAGCUGCUGCAGCGAAGGCACUGGCCGAAGAGCAGGUUAGGCAAAAGGAGGAGGCAAUCAAGCAGCAUGCACGAAUAGCCGAGGAGGCCGUCAAUGGAUGGCAGGAUGUAGAUAUGAAGCUGAAGGACAUAACUGACAGAUUGAAUGCGGCCUUGGCGUCAAAAGAAACUGCAGAGGCAGCCGUUUCUCGACUUGAAGAGCUGAGGGUUGAGGCCCAGAGGAUGAUGGAGGAGACUGAAGCCAGGGCUACUGAGAAGGAGAAAGAGCUCAAGGAGAAGGUUGAAUCACUGGAAGCCAUCCGAUCUGAGAUGACUGUGGAUGUAGAACGGAUGAAGGCUGACCUGGAAGGUCAUGUGAGGGCGCAAGCUAUGCUCGAGGAUAGGUGCAAAGAGAAGGAUUCGGAGAUAGCCACUGUGAGGGAGGAUUCUAGGCAGAAUGAAAUUGGCCUUACAGAGGAACUUCGCGUGGAGAGGGAGAAUGUUCAGAAGCUGGAGUCCGAAAAUAUCUGUCUUGUCGAGAAAGUCAAGGAAAUUGAACAGGCUCACACUGAGCUGGUUGCUGAGUUAGAACGAAUGAAGUGGGAACUAGGAGAGGCUAGGAUGGCUGCCCAAAUGUUAGAGGAGAAGCUCGAAGCCAAAGAAAGGGCGCUUGCCGAGCUCGAAGAGCAGGUAAAGAAUCUGGAUGCAGCAACAGAGCUGCUAAGAGAGGAGAAGGAGAAAAAUGCGGUGUUGGUCUCUGUAAAGGAUGAUGCACUUGAAAGGGAGAGAGAUAUGAAGAAGAGAGUAGAUACCCUUGAAACGAUCCAUGCAGAGAUGGAACAAGAAGUCGAAAGAAUGAAGAUGAAUCUAACAACUGCAGUUCAAAGCCGGGAUUUGUUGGAGGAAAGAUGUAGAGAGAAAGAUUGUGAGCUGGCUUCCAUGGAGGAGGCGGCAACCCGUAUGGAAGAAAUCAAUGCAGAGAAGCUGAAGAUCAAGAACAAUGAUGUUGAAAACCUGGAGAGGGAGAAUCAUGUCCUUAAAGAGGAAGCCUUGAAAACUUACUCAACUGUUGUGGAACUAAAUCAGGAAAUAGAGCAACUGAAGGAUGGACUGUUGGGCCGCACAGCUUGCGUUGAGAUGCUGCAGAAAGAGGUCCAGGAGAAGGACAUAUCUUUGACCGAGCUUCAGGAACAGAUCCAAAGGCUGCAGGUGAAGGUAGAGGAGCUGACCCAGCUGAGGGAAAAGGAUGCAAAGUUGGAGGUUGAGAAUAUGCUUUUGCUAGAGAAUCUGGAACACAUGAGCAAUGAUCUGUCAAAGAAGGAGGAAGCAUGGAAUGAGGAGAUUUCUGAGUUGAAGCGUGCUGCAACGGAGGCAGCUGAGAAGGUAGAGACCAGCACUACGGAAACGAGGCAGGCUUUGGCAGAGCUGCACGCAGUUAAUACCAUGCGGCUGGAAUUGGCAGAGAAUUUGAAACGUUCUGAGGUGGAAUUGGUUAACAAACAAUCUGCUGUCGAGGAGUUGAAGCGAUUGCUUGAGGAGAGAACAGAGGAGCUUGUUAAGGCUGCUGAAGAAGUUGAAAAGAAGGACAUGGACAUAACUCAAUUGCGGGGGUUGGUUUGCAGUAUGUCAAAGGAUGUCGAUGCCAAAACUGCAGAGUGGGAUGCACAAAUGAACGGUAUGAAGACUGUGGCUGAGGCGGCGAAGUUGGAGGCGGCAAUCAUAGAACAGGAGAAGAAGGAAAUAAUGGGAAAGCUUGAUGAUGCUAUGGACUCUUGUUCGUGUAAGGAAAGGGAGCUGGAUCAAGUGAAGUCGGAGUUGGGUGAGAAAACAUCGGCUGUGUGUGUAUUAGAGAAGGAAGCUGAAGAGAGAUCUGCGGCCUUGCUAGCUGCAACUGAGGAAGUCGCUCGCUUGAAGGUGUCUUUAGAGGACUUGCAGGAAGAGAAGUCGAAGGCUGUGGAGACCUUGGCAGCAGAGAGGGAUGCUCUCUCUGAGAAAUCAUCCACGAUUGAAAUAGAGAGGACAGCAGAGAGAUCUUUAUGGACGGAGAAGCUUGAAAGUCUCCAGCAGUACGGUGAGUCUCUGAAAUCAGAGAGGGAAUAUAGUGUAAGCGAGAUCUGUAAGUUGAAGGAGGAAAUCAAAUCAAUGGAGGUCCUUCGAGCCAGCGUUGAGGAUGAACUUGGGGCGAUGAGGAAGGAGUUGGAAAGGCAGAGGUCUGCCAUUGUUGGAUUAGAGAAACAGGUGGAAGGGAAGGAAGGAGAGCUCGUGACGAUGAGAGAGGAGGGAGCUAAGCACAUGCAAAGGAUUGCCUGCGAGCUAGAGACCCACAAGGAAGAAGUACAGAAACUCGCAGCCGAGAAGGCUGCUGUGGAGAAGGAGAAGAUAGUGGCAGAUGCAAAGUGGCUUCAGCGUUGUUCAGAGAUCGAGGAGGAGCUGGAGGCUGCAGCUCGGAUAAAUGAGGAGAGGAAAGAGAAGGAAGUUAUCUUGGAACAGGAAUUACGGAUUGCUCGGGCUUUGAAGCUGCAGUAUGAAGAAAAACUGCAAGAGAUUGAGGCAUUAAAUAAGGAUCUAGAUGCAAGGAUUAAGAGUUUGCACAUCGAGGUGGAAGAGAAAAUCUGUGAAGUGAGAAGAGUGCAGAUGAGGGAAAUUGAGAUCAAGGCGGAGCUUGAACAGAAGUUGCAUGAAAUCGAUGGGCUAACAGUAGAGCUUGAACGGGAACGUGCCCUGAAGAUGGAGGUUGACACUCAGUUGAAGGAAGCAGAGGCACGCAUGAUAACUUCAGCUGCAGGCUAUGCUGCCAGGCUUGAGGAGCUCCAGAUUGCGACAGAGAAACAACAAGCGGAGUUGGAUGCUCGUCUGGCCCAAGCGCAGGUCGAGAGGGAUGAAUUGACAGCUAAGCUCGAGGACUUGGAAUGGGAACGAGAAUGUGCUCUUCAGCGAGUGGAGCAGGUUCGCGAGGAAGGAAACGAGAGAAUGACUAAGCUGCAGUUUGAAUGCGACAGGUUGAAAGAUGACCUGUCGCAAGAGACCUCCAAGUGUGCCAAGAUGGAGUCCGAGGUGGCUCGUUUCUGUCGUGAAAAGGUUGCAGCUGAGGAACUGCUCGUGAGUGUAGAGCGGUCAAGAGACGAGCUUGAAGUGCAAUUGGAGGAAACAAAGAUCUUAGAGAAAGCAGUGCUGGAGGAGCUUGAAGCUGCUCGUGAGAAGUUUGUCAGUGUAGAGACGAAGCUGUCCCUUUUUGAAUUGAAGUCUGUAGAAACCGAAAAGAGGCUGGAACAAAUUUCUGAGGAGAGGGAUAAGCUGCGGGCCCAGCUUGGGAUGGUGAUUAACGAUAAGGAUUUGGUAGAGGACGAUCUUGCUGCAAUUCGGGAAGAGUGCGAGAAGUUGCGCAUGCGUUGUAUUCAGUUGGAGGAAGAAAGUACGGGGAAGGAUGCUAUGUGUUCGGAGAAACAAACUGCACUAGGAGCUGCUCAGGAAGAGCUAGUAACUCUGAGGGAGGAACUGAAAGCACUGAAAGCAGAGAAGGUUAUGUGUGAACUGGAAUUGCAGGGGCUUCGAGACGAGGAAACCCAAUUGAAAUCUGCAUGGCAGGCAGCUGAAAGGAAAAGGCAGGAUGCGGAGGAUGAGCUUUUGACGUUAAGGGAGGAAUGCACAGACUUGAAAAGUAGGCUGGAGGAUUCUGUGAAGGAGGCAUGCUUGGUUGCAAAGCGGCUUGUGGAUGUGGAGGAAGAGAUGGCCAUGCUCCAGGACAACCAUGAGAAGGUAACUGAACAGUUGAACCAGGCCAUUCAUGAAAGGGAUGAUUUUAGUGCAAGGGUGGGAGAAGAAAUUUCCAGGAUUAAGGAGGAAGCAGAACUGAAACAAAGCUGUACAGGUAAGGAGAUUGGAGAAUUGAAAGAAAAUCUCAAGGGAGCGCUCCUUCGCGUUGAUGUUGCCAAAGAUGAGGAGGAUAGGGUGAAAAACGAAAUGGAAUUGGUCAUGGAUAGGUGUUCCGAAAUGGAGAAUGAGAUAGUGAUGUUGAAGGAGAGAAAUCUGGAGAUGGAGAAGAUGGGCGAGGAGCUGGUUUCAAUCCGCAGUGUAAAGGCUGAUUUGGAAGCGGAGCUUGUUAAAGCCGAGGAGACCAAGCAGGAAGCUGUGCGGCAAAUGGAAAGGAAGCUUGCUGAGCUCCAGGAGAGCUUGAUGCUUGCAGAGUUGAAGUCGCAGGAUAUGGAGGCUAUUCACGAGAAUCUGCAGUCGAAGGUUGAUGUGAUGGAGGCAGACCGGCAGGCCAUGGCCAAAUCUUUGGAGUUUACAAGGGAGGAGCACAGGAAGCUAGAGAGCCGCUUACAGGAGGCUGAUACUGCUUCUGAUCGUCUUAAGGCGGACUUGGAACGAGUCAGCCACUCAUGGGCCGAUACUGCUGCUCGGCUGGAGGUCGCCGAACUGCAGCGUGCACAGUAUGCAGAAAAGGUGAUGCACAGUACCGCUCGGUUGGAGGCGUUGGAGUCUGAGCUUGCAACCUCUCUUGCCACUUGUGAUGGUCUGAAAUUGAGGUUGAUGGAGGUUGAGCAUGAAAACGCCGAGGCUAUUUCCAAGCUGUCUAGGGUGGAACAGCAGCUUUCAGAGAGAGGUACAGAGCUCGCCCAGGUGUGCAAGGACAGGGAGAAGCUGGUGAAGGAGGUGGCGGAUAUGGAAAUGGCACGUGCUGAAUUAGAGGCCAAGGUGUUGGAAAUGGAGCGUGAAGUCUCCGAAAGGGCCGAAGAACUCUUGCGAGCUGCGAAGAGGAUGGAGCAAUUAGAGAAUGGGGGCGCCAAAGCGGAUGCUGAAUGCUCUGCUCUGAAUGCUAAGUUGCUGUCCAUGGAGGAGGAGCUUGCCACCAAAGAGGAAAAGCUGACGCGAGUGGUCGGUAUGAAGCAACAGCUGGAAAAAGAUGUAGCGUCGGUGAGGGAGGAGAGCACUGACUUGCGAGCGAAGCUGGCACAGUCGGAUGAGGCCUUGGCAGAAGCCAGAGAACAGCUGGAAGAGAUGAGAAGACUGUAUGCUGGGAAUGUAGUCCGUGUUGGGGUUCUCCAGGAUGAGGUUGCAAGGGCUCAAAAAAGGGAGGAGGAGCAAGCGACCAAAAUCAAGGAGCUGGAGGAGAAAGCUGAGGCAGACAUGGAAGUGUUGAGAGCACAGACAAGGGUACUGGAGGCAGAGCUGAAAGAAGCUCUUGCAAAGCACUCUGCCUCGGAACGCCGGUUAUGGCAGGCAACAGAGGCUGUUAAGGCAAUGGAGAAGGAAUUGGAAAUCAGCCGAGAGGAAGCUUCAUUGAGUAAGAGCGCUUGGUUGGCAGAGCGUGCGGAAUUAUUGGAGGGCCGACUGAAGAUGGAAACCGACUUGAAACGGGCUGAGAGGGCUAGGGAGGAAAUGGAAAAGACACUGCAGGAUGAGCGUAUAGCCAUGGAGAAGACUCUGCGUGAGGAGCGGAUAGCCAUGGAGAAGAGUGUGGCUCGCACGCGAAAAGACUUCGACGACUGGAAGCAAAACAUGGAAAGGGAGCACGAGGAGUUGCGGGAGAAGCUUUUAAGGGAUAGAAAGGAGAUGGAGGUUGAGAAAAUGAAAGAAAAGGCCCGAAGUGAGGUGCUGGAAGAAAUGGUCAAGCAACUGAAGGCGAAGGUCCGAGCUCUUGAAGCGAAUGCCGAAAGUGAGAGGGUGAAAUUGGUUGAAACGUACCAAUCUCGUCAUCAUCAGCUGGAAAAUCAGAAGAAAGAGCUUGAGAAACAAAAGGAGGAGGCAAUGGUCGUCCUGGAGACGGAGAGGUCAUCAAUGGAAAGAGAGCUAGCGAGACUCAAGGGCAAGGUAACGGCACUUCAAGCAGAGAUAGAUAAGCAGCGGAAGGAGAUGGAACAGAAGGUAGCACGCAUAAGUGAGAUGGUUGAUGUGUCUGCAAUGGAGGAGGCUGUUGCCAGCGCGAAACGAACGGGAGAGGAGAGAAACGCUCUCAAGGAUCGUGAACUGGUCAUGCUUCGAGAGCGGCACGAGCGAGAAAUGAAGGAGUACCGGGAGAUUGCAAGAAAGGAGGAGGAUAUUCGCAAGAAGAGGGAGAAGGAAGUAGAAGAGCUUAAAAAGGUGCUCACGGAACAGGCUGCAAGGUUUGCGGAAGCUGCAGAACAUGGCCAGCGUCUGGACUCAUCGUCACUCGCGGCUAACAAAGAGAACCAUCUUGGACGUCUACAGUCUGGUGAUAAUUCUGGAGUGGUGGGUGGAGGAGGCACAGGGAAACAUGUGGCUGGGAGUGGAGUUGGCAGUGAUGCGGCCAAUGGCGUGGGGAACACUGGCUUGGGCAGGGGCUCUCGUGUGCUGACUGAAAGUGAAACGAAUCGGCGGCUGCAGGAUAGCCGGGGAGCAGAGGGACUUCAGCAACUGCAUGUGGGGCCUCGUUUUCUGGGAGGGUUGGAACUGUCUGGCGGUCAUGUGCUGCUGGGAAGACACAACGGAGGCCGGCGGGCUGUCGCGGAAGACUAUAAUGGCGGCCGGUUAAGACGCAGUGGCGAGAGAAGCUCUCGCGCUGCAGGAGGUGCGGAAAGUGCAUCAAGAAGGACCUUGAGAAAUCAUAGAACAGCUGGGCCGAGAAUAGGGGGAAUGGAGAUGGGCCCGGUGGUUCACAAUGCUGGUGGGGAUGUGAUGACUAUGGUGGCAACCCGUCCUAUUGCGCCAAUAACAAUGCGGUCUGGAAAGAUGUACGGCUCUGGCAACGUGUGCAGCAAUGCUGCAUUGAGGGGGCAGUUGCGGCCUGUUCUCGGUGACUUGAGUGCCAACAAUAUGAGCACCCAGAGGGCUCCUCCAUCCCCACCCCCUUCGCCACCAGAAAAGCUGUCCUUCAGUUUAUCUCCAGUUCCCAUGAAGAAGAUGAAAUGGAUCAACGUUUUGACAUCACUGCCGCAUCUGCUUCAUUUAAGAAAGUGCCGGUGUCAGCACGCCCUUGGUCGAAGAGGAAUCCGCCGGCUUUUUGGCCAAGAAUAUGGCCAGAGGCGUCCACAUCCGGUGAGGAUUACGGGUAGUUAUCAGUUGGAGAAGAUGCAUCACAAGUGGAGGUUGCAGUUUGGCUAUGGCGGCUGCUGUUAUGUCUUGUCCAUUUCGCUGUCCGAUAAAGGCAAGCUACUCCAGGGAGGCACGCCAUCUCUGGUCUUGUUGGAGCUGAAGGGGGUUGGAGACCUGACCCUGGUCGGUAACGAGAGUGGCCAGAUGCUGAAGCCUGAAGGGGGUUGGAGACCUGACCCUCGUGUGGUGAGAAAUUAGGGGUAUAGUUUUCGGUUGAAGAAGAUAGAUCGAAAGUGGAGGUUACACUUCGGCUAUGGCGGCUGCUGUUAUGUCUUGUCCGUUUCGCUGUUAGAUAAGAGGCAAGGUUCUCCAGGAGGGAGGCACGACCCCAGGAGGGAGGUACGUCAUCUCGGGUCCUCUCAGAGCUAAUGGGGGGUGGAGACCUGACCCUGCCGAGUCCGAUUAUUUUGUUAGUUAGUGUUAGAAGAUUCAAUAGCAGUAUGGUUUUCGUUUUUUUUCCUCCUUGUUUUUUUUAAGCUGGUUUUCGGUUUGAUUAUGUGUACAAUCGAGUAUGCUUUUUUCCAUUGACAUAUGUUGUUCAUAACGCUCAGUGUC